ACGCGAGAAAGCACCAUACAUUACCCUAAAGAUUGGUAGCUUGCAGAACGGAUAAAAAUUAGGUAAUAAAUUCUAAUGUKGCCAUUCCCAGUCCCUCUCGGUUACCAAUUUCUCAGAACAGCAGUUCGGCGACUYUUUGGUCCGACUGUCUUUUGUCAUAUACUCUAUCUACUGUUUUUUAAGCAUUUUUCAGCAGAACGUUAGUGGAAAAAGAGACUUGYUAACACGAUGGAUUUUACCACUGGGAAGACAUGGAUCGAGUUAAAUCAACUGAUCGAUGAGUAUUUCCAGUGCCUUUAUCUUGGAAUUGAAGAAAACCAAUUUGGGAUAAUGCACUGGUUGACUGAUUUUAUAUCGAGUGGCAAAGCAAACUGGAGUGGAAGUAUCCCAGAAAAUACAUUUGUACAUCCUGAAAUAAGAAAUGCCUUCGAGGCAGAUGUCCUUGAAACGGUUGCACACAUCCCCUAUGAUAUUCUCAAACACUCAUUAGAGAACGUCCAUGACGAGCCAGGUUACUGCAGACUUCGUUUAGACGAACCCAUCGCCAGCUUACUUGGCGGUACACAGCUUGAAGUAAAAGAAAUCAAACGAGGUCAUCAGUCUACUCUGUAUAUUACUCCAGACCCAAUAUUCUUUGAGGAUGGAGAACCAAUCCCUAAUGUCUAUUCUUCGURGUUGCCAAACAACCGUUCCGCUCGUAUUAUAGUUCAGAGUCUUUUCGACACAUUACACCUCCGAGAAAUAGUCGAGUCCUUCCAGAAAACGCGUCAUGGACCCGUUAUGAACGUGGAGCUUGGAGUACCUUUUAAGGCAAAAGAUGUGAUACCUCAACACCCAAAGAAAACACUUUACAAAUUCUUAGAAAACCUUAGCGUCAGAAUCCUCGACAAUCUGAAUGAUGGAAACGAGCAAACUUCAAGAGAAUCAAUUGAUCACAAACAAAAAAACAACAAAAUUGAUUUGUCCUUUAAAUUAAGUAUGGAUAUUUGCCCAGCGAUACAAUGUAGCGGAUGGCCGAUUYAAGCGGAAGCCUUCUUCUCUCGAACAAGAAAAUGGCCAGACGAAGCCUUACUGCACCAAAUAAAGAAAGAGGGUUUUCACCUUGUUUACAAGCCACUUGAACUUCAUUCAAGCAAGUCUGUAGAAUGGCGAUUCUCUUUUUCAAAGGCAGAAUACAUCUUGAUGAAAAAUAUGGACGCUUUCAAAAUCAAAUGCUAUCGCAUUUUGAAAACCAUUUAUUACUCUGAGCUUACGAUGCCAAACAUUUUGUGUUCGUAUCARUUAAAGAACAUCUUUCUAUGGGCCUGUGAGAGAAUUCCARCGGAGUUUUGGGUUGAUCUCAACUUGUCACAGAUUAUCAUGGGAUUGCUCGAUGAUCUGKUCGAUUGCCUGGCAACGAAGACAUGUCGUCACUUCUUUAUUCCUGAAAACAAUCUGUUUUCSCAUGUGCACGGGGAUUUCCUUGACCGCAUGGRCGGAUUGGUGUCCAAGAUACGAAGGCAUCCAGAAAGGUUUUUUCUUUUGAUCAACAAAACAGCAAAAUCACAUCUUUCAGGUACAAAUGACAACGAUGAUAACAACGCAUGUAAAACUGUAUCAGACUGUGAUAUUGAACUCGACUAGAUGAUUCGAUAUCAAUAAAUAAGGAAUUUUAAGGUGAUUUCGACGAUGCAUGAUGUCAUAGGCUAUAGGUUGCUGUGUGAUGUCCCAGAAUGCUAUCUGAUCCUUCAGAUMUUUUGAUUGCCUUGAGUUCGAUGGCAUCAGGGACAAUUUGUAGGAUAUUUUUAACAUUUGGUGAGAAUGACUAGCUCUUGCAUUAUGGACGCCAAACAUGGACAUACCAAGURGCUCUUUCCGAGUUGUCUCAUCUGAAUUGUCACUACCGUAGUAACAAACUCGGAUGAAACAACUUGGAAAGGACAAUUGGGAUAUUUCAACGUUUCUUGUCCAUAGUGUCUUGAGAUAGAGAAAAUUCGAAAGAGUCAACUCGGAUGUUUCCACCUGUCACAUAGAGGUAUUGAUUGUAACUCGCAUAUUUUAGAGAAAUACUCUGACGGAGUACGCGUGCCUUUCAUAACGGAUUGGCGCAAUAUAAUGCCUUUAAAACGACUUAGAGCACUACCACUGUCAGAGACCUGCAGAGCGAACUCUAAUUUGUCUAGUUUCCUGAAAAAUCCUACAAAUGGAAUUCAUAGGACACAAGACGAUAGCGUUCGUGAAUUCCUGGCUCUAGCCGGAAAGCUUAGAUCAACUCGUGAAGAAAACGUAYAACUAAAAUCCUGUAAGGUUUAACCACUCAAGACACUUAUAAAAGCUAGAUUUUAAAGGUUGUUUGUUGGUGAUAUUCGAAGCUCACGAUUGUGWAUUAAAUCUACAAUAAAUAUAUGCAAAUCAAAAUAAAAUUUUGAUAUACAUAUUUUUUCGUGUUAUCAUGCAUAGCAGCCCAUAAAUCAAAAAAUACAAUAAAAAAGCAGUUG